GCCCGCGGGGCCUCUCCUAUUCCUACGACGGCGCCGGGGCCAGCCCUAGCCUCCACCACCGACGCCCCCGACCUCGGUGCGCUAGCGCGAGCACGACGGUCGACGCCAUUGCCGCCGCCACCUGCGCGAGCGGGCGCGGCGAGAGACCAUGACCUCCUCCGCUGUCCCCGCCGCGGCCGCCUCCUCCCAUCAGCAAGCCCCCCGCCUCCAUAUUACCACCACCACCACCGGCACCGGGACCUCCACCAUCACGACAUCGCCCUCCUCGCACCACCACCACAGUCCCAGCAGCGCGCGCUCCGCCCCGCACUCGGCGAGCAGCUCCCCUCGGGGCAGCAGCAGCAACUCCGGCACCGCGGCCGGCGGCGGCGGCGGGAGCGGGAGCACGAACCAGGCGUGCGCGGCGUGCAAGUACCAGCGGCGCAAGUGCAACCAGGACUGCCCGCUGGCGCCCUACUUCCCCGCCGACCAGCAGCGGCGCUUCCUCAACGCGCACCGCCUCUUCGGGGUCAGCAACAUCCUCAAGACGCUCAAGAGGCUCAGGCCGGAGCUCUGCGCCGAUGCCAUGGGCACGCUCAUCUACCAGUCGGACAUGCGCGCCACGGACCCCGUCGGCGGCUGCUACCGCCUCAUCCUCAGCCUCGAGCGCCAGCUCGAGAUCGAGACGGCCGAGCUCUCCGCCGUCCUCCACAACCUCGCGCUCUACCGCCAGGCCGCCGCCGCCGCCGCCGCCGCUAUCCCGCCGCAGGAAGCAGGCGGCGCCAUGGCUGCCGACCUCGACGUCACGUCCUCCAACCAGCCGCUCCUCCUCGACGCCGAGCAGGAGGUCGUCGACGCGCUCUACGCCAACCACGAGGCCGACACCGCCGCCAUCCUUCAAACCGACGGCGUCCACCGCCACGACCAUGGCGACGACAGCCCUCAAGAUCACGGCGAGCAGCAGCAGCAGCAGCAGCAGCUCUUCGACUACUUCUACUACGAAGCCACGGCCAGUGAUGACGCCAGCAGCAAGCCGACCAUCGACAUCAACCUCGACAACAUGCAGCAAUUCGAUUUCGACGACACCUGCGCCGCCGAGAAGAUCGAUCUGGCUCCGGCGGGGCCAGAGGAGAUGGGGCAGCCGCAGCACCUCGACGUCAACUGCCAGAUUGACCACAAGGACUACCAGAUCAAGGCGGCGGCGCUCGUCGACGCCUUCGACAUGCGGCAGGAGCUGCAGCCGGCGGUGGACGUGAACGCCGACGUUGUCGUCAAGGCGGUGGAUAUGAACGCCGGCAUUGGCGGCGUUGGCAUCAAGGCGGUGGAUGUAAACGCCAACGUCGACGUCAAUGUCGACCUACAGGAAGAGGAUCCCAACAACAUCGCCGCAGGUGAUGAAGCGGUGCAAAUGGCAGCUGAGUCGUCGCACUGCAGACUAGGGUUAGGCUUUUCUUCGUUCUGAUGAUGAAACUUCCAUUAUUCGCAUGCAUCAACGCCAAGGCAUGUACGAAUAAUUUUUCUUUUUUGAGAGGAUGAAGAAAUUAGGAUUGUUUUUUUGUCAACUGGAGGCCCGAUCCGCCUACUUGUUUAAGAAUUAUGAGCACAAGAACAUUUAAGAAUGUUAGAAUUUUCUUAACAAUUUUUGUUAAUAAUGUUGUGUGUGGGAGUGGGACUAUGAGGAUUUGGUAAUGUAAUUACCUU